AUGGUCACGAGCGUCAGAGUCGACGUUGUCAAAGAGGAGGGCGGCCAGCAGAGGACGCUCGGCGAACGCAUGGCGUUCAUAUAUUGGUCGNUCUAUGGUCUUGUUAUUAAAAUGCUCCGGCAAAAUGAUGGAGAAAAUGCGGAUUCCGCUGGUCAACACAAGGUGUUCAUCAAUCCCUGUUGUACAGCAUUCCGAAUGUCGCGAUAUAAUGCCAAGGCUGUCGCAAAAGGUGGUCGGGUCCUGCCGACGCAGAGCAGUUAUGGACUUUNNUGGUAUGCGGCGAGCACGACCGAGAGAUCACGGCCAGUCACACAUUACACAUCANCAACCAUGUCGGCCCAAGCAGCGAUGAAGGCACCAUUCCGCCUAGGAACCAAGGAGGUCUUCCUCAUGAAACAGANNCCCAACUUCACAGUAACUCUCAUCCGCACACCGCGCAUGCCCGCCAGCUUCGCCAAAUUCAUCGUGCCUCUCAACAUGAACAAACUCGACCUUCGCGACUACCUGUUUCACGCCUACAAUGUCCGCGUCGUCAGCGUUCGCUCCUACAUCGACCAACAAAAAGUCACACAAGGCAAACCCAACGCCCCCAAGAUGCAGAUCAAGCGCUGGUUCCGCCCGCGCGCUAUCAAGAAGAUGACGGUCGAACUGGAGAGUCCUUUCGUGUGGCCAGAAAUGCCGACCAAGGACGAGUUGAACGAGAACUGGAGCAAGGACACACACGCCCAGGCCCAGAAGGACAACGACAAGUACUCCGAGCAAAGAGGUAGACUGGCAGAUACGUUUGUGGAUAAGGACGAGAGAAAGAGCAUGAGAGAGCAGGCUAGGGCGCUGUUGGAGAGAAAGGAACAGUGGAAGCCCGCCGAGGAGUUGGGCUUUGCUGCACCAAAGAAAUAA